AUGGUGAUCGGGUGGCUCACCGUCCCGGAGACAUUAUACUCUGUCGAGGAGAAGACUCCAUCAGAUCAAAGGGAAACCCCAACACGAGUGGUGGGGAUUGGCCAGAGAGUGGCUCCCCCUUGCACGGGGAGUUACGUACGACGCGGUAUGUGGGAUGAAGAUCUCGGCGCCCGCCGUGCCGUGUGCUUUAACGAAACCCUCUAUACCUCUGAUCUCUAUGAAGUCCAAGUCCCCGAUGAUCGACUCGGAAGUCAUGCACCGGACCACAUGGAAUCUCAGGCCGGAUGCUGA